CGACAGCAGAACGUUUAAUGCCAGUUGUUAGGGAAGCUAGUUACCGCCAUGCCACUCUUAAUAAUUUUGCUCCUGACAGCGUUGGCGACGCUAACCGGAAAUGGGAACGCAACAGCUACCGACAAUAUCCACAAGCAAAAUCUGCUACGUUGCUGCUAUACAGAAUCUUAUCGCUGCAAGGACAACGCUACUUGGACACCUCCUCAGGGAUUUUCGCUCAUCGACGGCGUCCCACAGUGUGGCCCACGCUCCCUAUGGCCAGUCUUCCACCAGCCGAAAUCUCUGGACAGGUUGUAUCUUCUGCCGCAGGGCAUCCUACGACAUAUAGCCCUAAAUCACGCCGAGCAACAGGUCGAUCUAGAGGAAAAUGAAUAUGCUGGCGCCCUCUAUGUGGAUUACAAGCCUGGACAAUUCUGUCUAGACAGGGUGAUAAAUGAGGAAAAACGUCUACAAGUAAAUUAUGCUGUAAUAUGUGCACCCGAUGUGAAAGGAUCUCAAAUAAAUGGGACAACUCAUCUGUGGAGACACAUUUUGGAUCCUGCCGGUCAUGCCCUUAAUAUUGCUUGUCUCUUAAGUGUUGCUGUCAUCUACUUUGUGAUUCCUGCACUGCGUGAUCUUGUAGGAAAUAUACUGACAACAAUGGCAAUGUGCAUGUUAGCCUCACAGGCUGCAGAGCUUGUGGCAUCAGUAACCCGAUUUUCAGCACAUGUUUCAUUAGUUGCAGCAGAUAUUGUGGCAUAUGCUGCUCUCAUGGCUGCUGCCUUUUGGCUCAAUACAAUGGGGUAUUACAUCUGGAGAACUUUCAGGUCACGGAAUGUGUUCUUGCGUGUGACAGAUGGGAGAAAAUAUUGCUACUAUUCCACUUAUUCUUGGUGUUGCACAGCUGUAAUGACUGCAGUAGCAGUAUUUGCACAUUACAUUCUGGAAUCUGGACAAAGAAAACCGACUGACAGUUCUAUAGGAUGGCUCGGUGUGUCUGUAAUUUUCACAGCAGUUGGAUUCACCAUCCUAGUGAACAUUUACUUCUAUGUAACAACAGGUCAUGCAAUUAGCAGGAUGUCAACGUAUGGAAGAAUACAUCAUAAAAUGAAAUAUAGCUUUGAGAUGUUCGUCCAGCUAUUUCUGGUUCUCUGUAUCAGCUGGCUCUUCAAGGGCCUAUCACGCUUGCCAUAUGAUGCUCUAUUCUAUUGUUAUGUUGUGGUCAAUGCACUCCUGGGACCACUUGUUGUUUAUGUUGUGAUUUGCAACCAACACAGGGUAACAUCUCAGUUAAGAGCUUUAUGUUGCUGUCCUUGUUGUAAAGCAAGUGAAGUGGAUGACUCUCCUGAAUGGGGUGAAGAACUUACCCGUAUGACAGGAGUAGGUGGCAUGACUGUAACCCAGUGCUGACACUUCCUAACUCUAAGUUCUUUUUUUUUUUCUUUCCUUCUCCUGCAAAUGCUGUUAUUGGGACCAAUAAUGUACACAGUACUAAGUUGCAGAAAUGUAACUCGCAUGUAAUCUAGUCAUUUGUAAUUAAGAACUAAUUUUAUAUUUA